AGGUCGUGCUUUGUGGCAGGUUAACAUCACGUUUUGACUGUCUUUUCAGGGCUUAAAAAGGAUGAUGCACGUUGGUCCAUCUCGACGCAGCUGAGGGAAACGUCAGUGAACAGCCGAGUGUGCGUCACCGUGACGUUGGAGCGUAGUAGAGGCGAGCACCAACCACAUGAAUGACCUGAAGAGAGCAUACAGGCGCCUUCAUUUCAGAUAGGAAAGGACAGGGCUACAGCGCGACGUACUGAAGCGGUUUAACGUUUAUCCACCGAGUAUAUUCUUUUUCAACUUUUACGUCGCUCUUUGGAAUAUCACAGGUCACACAUUUCUGCCAUGGCACGAGGAGAGGGCGCAGAGCAAUACGCUGCGGGUUUAUUGUCUGUGAAGCCUGUUGUAAAUGCAGAGAUCAAGGCAAAGAAAACAGGGCAGAGAAAUGGUCUGUCUGUGUGGAACAAACUGUGUUAUGCCAUCGGUGGUGCUCCCUACCAGAUGACAGGCAGCGCUCUGGGUUUCUUUCUCCAGAUCUACCUCCUGGACGUGGCACUGCUGGACCCUUCACAUGCCUCGGUCAUCCUGUUUGUGGGGCGGGCCUGGGAUGCAGUCACUGAUCCCACUGUGGGCUUCCUGGUCAGCCGGAGCAGGUGGACAGGCAUCGGACGUAUGAUGCCAUGGAUUCUCUUAUCUACGCCUUUUGCAGUGGUGACUUAUUUUCUGAUAUGGUAUGUGCCUCCAUUUGAACAAGGCAAAGUCAUCUGGUACUUGGUGUUUUACUGCCUAUUCCAGUCAAUGCAGACGUGUUUUCAUGUGCCUUACUCGGCUCUCACCAUGUUCAUAAGUAAAGAUCAGAAAGAACGGGACUCUGCCACUGCCUAUCGUAUGAUGGUGGAAGUGUUGGGAAGUGUUCUGGGUACAGCCAUCCAAGGGCAAAUAGUCGGUGGGGCUACUGUAGACUGUCCUACUGAGCCAGAUGUGUUAUCCUUGACAAAUUCCUCCCAAAUCAACACAACCAGAAUCUCACUAGAAGAUACGAAACAAGCCUACAUGUUUGCAUCUGGUGUCAUCUGUUUAAUCUACGUCCUCUGUGCUGCUGUCCUGUUUUUGGGUGUAAAGGAGCAAAAAGACAACGGACGAAAAACGUCUGCGCCUCUCACUUUCCAGCGUGGACUAUGGCUGGUGAUGAGCCACGGCCCAUAUGUAAAACUGGUUAUCAGCUUCCUCUUCACAUCGCUGGGCUUCAUGCUCAUAGAGGGAAACUUUGCCCUUUUCAUCACGUACACCCUUGGCCACAGAAAGGACUUUCAGAACAUUCUUCUUGUAAUCAUGAUGUCUGGUACUCUGACCAUUCCUUUCUGGCAAUGGUUCCUUACUCGCUUUGGCAAGAAGACAGCUGUUUAUAUCGGCAACUCUUGGGCACUUCCUUUUAUGAUCCUUAUAGUUUCCAUUAAAAGCAACUUGGUCAUUUCCUACCUGGUGUCUAUAGCUGCUGGAGUGAGUGUGGCGGCAUCAUUCUUAUUGCCCUGGUCCAUGCUUCCAGAUGUGGUGGAUGACUUCAAACUUAAAAAUCCAGACGUUCAUGGAUACGAAGCAAUCUUCUAUUCUUUCUACGUCUUCUUCCUCAAGUUUGCUUCUGGCGUCUCCUUGGGCAUCUCCACUCUCAGUUUAAAAUUUGCAGGAUAUGUGACCGGAGCUUGCUCCCAGCCGGAGUCCGUUAGUUUAACCCUGAAGAUGCUGGUUUGCACUGUGCCACUGGUACUCAUUGUUUUCGGACUGCUAAUAUUCAAAACAUAUCCUAUAGAUGAAGAAACCAGAAAAUGCAACCAAAAACAACUGCAAGCAAUACUGGACUCUGAUUCUGAUUCUGAAUCGUCAGCACUUGGGAGCAGUGUUUAGUACAGCCUGCACAGGGCUUGACAUUUUGCACCUGUUACAAAAGAGAAGCAAGCCCUGAACCAUGGACUACACAGCUGCUUCUCUGAGAACUCCCAUGGAGCCCCCUCGUGGCAAAACUGUGUUAGUUCUCUGUAUGAAGAAAUAUUAUUUUCCAAAGAACUUUAGUUUCAAGGGCUGUUUACAACUGCAUUGUUUCAUUAUGAAUUUGGGGUUCUGACGUCAAUCCCCCUGGUUUACUCGAUUCAAGGGUUGCAGCUGUUUCACGUGUCAGAUGUGUAGCAAUUCAGAUGGUCUGAAUUGAAUUGCCAAUAUGUGCCCUUAUUUUGAAGGGUCCACCAGCACUGUUCCAUUGAAUGAGGUUGAAGCUGUGACAGUUUCUACUCAUGAUUUUAUAUUCCACAUCUAAAUGUGAAGUCUACUUGAAUUCAAAUGAGGGGGAAGCCACAUGACAACAACUCGGCUGUAUCUAUCUCCCUAAAUGACUGCCUUACACACUGUGUCUUAUAAGAUUGUCUGUACUUUUGUCUUUCCUUUUUGCUACAUGCAAGAAGGAAAUUAAUUUUGAAUGGAGCUUUAAGUUUUCAUCGUUCUAGUUGGCACAGAAUGGCUCAAAGUAUUUUAGCAACACUCACUGCAAACCACUCAUUGCUUAAUUUAAGUAUUUAUUGUGAGUAAUACAGAUUGUAAUUCCCCUGUGGACUGAAAUAUUUAAAUUAUUUAUUAACACCUGUUGCUCAAAAUGUAACACAAAGAUGAAGGUAAUAUUCCUGUAGAGAUUUGCACUGAACACAAGGCCUCAGUGUUCCGAGUUGCUGCUAUAAAAUAGUGUGUAAAAUGAGAUGUAAAAAAAAAGUAAUUUAAAACUGUGAAUAAAGUUUGUUGUGCUGAAGGUUUUUUAAAAUGUUUUCUUGAAUUUGCUUUUGAAUAAAUUAAAAACGCUCCAACCUUU